AUGUUUCGACCAGCGUCGACCUCCCUCCGUUUUUGUCGUCUUCCCCACAUCCGUUUUAGAACUUGGCAACACACCGGAUUCUAUCGGUCUCCGCAUCAAUUCAUCACAACUACCCGCUCCCAGUCACGUACGCAUUCGUCCUCCAAGUCAUGGCGUCGACCGUGGAUCUUCUACCCAGCGUGUGCGGCAUUCAUCGGCGUUGUCUGCUUUUAUUCCUACAAGACCUCGCAGCCAUUUCGGCACACACUCCUUGCGGUUGUACGAUGUUCGAGAGUUGCUGGUGCUGCCAUCCUUGGGGCCAUUGAUUACAAGAAAACGAUGCUGCAACUAUAUGAAUCAGAUGCAGAACUUAAUAAAGCUUACUCACUGUGCCAUGCCCGGAGUGCACAGCGCGUGCUAAAUGCGCUACUUGCGAACGGGGGGAUCUUUAUCAAAAUGGGACAACAUAUGUCAUCGCUGGUAGUUUUGCCGAAGGAAUGGACAACCACCAUGAGACCAUUACAGGAUCAAUGCCGGCCAACGGAGUACGGCGAUAUAGAAGCGUUGUUUUUGAGUGAUAUGGGUGCAACCAUCUCAGAAAUUUUCGAUGAUUUUGAUCCCAACCCAAUUGGUGUUGCAAGCUUAGCCCAGGUGCACGUUGGACGGCACAAGGCGUCCGGAAAAGAAGUUGCCGUGAAGGUGCAACAUCCACACCUCGCCGAGUUCUGUGACAUUGAUAUGGAAAUGGUAGAUGUUACUUUAGGCUGGAUUAAGUUUUGGUUUCCGGAAUUCGAGUUCUCAUGGUUGGGGGAAGAAAUGCGGACUAAUCUUCCAAAAGAAAUGGAUUUUGUUCACGAGGCGAACAACGCGGCGCGAGCACGGCAUGAUUUCACGAAUGUUACAACCUCUCUAUACAUUCCCGACGUCAUAACGGCGUCGAAGAGGGUCUUGGUCAUGGAAUAUAUUCAAGGCGGACGAGUGGAUGACCUGAAAUAUCUAGCGGAUCACAACAUAGAUCGUAAUAAAGUUGCUCUGGAACUGUCACGGAUAUUCAACCAGAUGGUCUUCAUUAACGGUUGGUUUCAUGCGGACCCUCAUCCAGGAAAUCUCCUGAUACGACCUGCCUCUGCGGUAUCAAGGUCGCCUUACAACUUCGAAAUUGUGUUACUGGAUCAUGGGCUGUACUUUGACAUGGAUCAAGAUCUAAGGGUCAAUUACGGUAAACUUUGGCUGUCUCUGAUAAGACCGCCAUCUCCUUCGACGAGCGCCGACAGGAAGAAAUAUGCAGAACUCGUGGGAAACAUCGGGCCUGAUCUUUAUCCUGUAUUCGAAGCGGCUAUCACUGGCAGAGUUGCACUGGAAGGAGCCUGGCAAGAUGUAGAGGACGAUAAUACUCUCAAACGAGCUUCAAGCAUGAUUGACAUGGUGCCUCAGACCGAGGAGGAGAUGGAAGGUAUCCGAAAUGCUGUAAUUUCUCAACAAGGUCUUCUUUUGUCUGUGUUUGACGUAUUACGACGGGUGCCACGGAGGGUUUUGAUGGUUUUGAAACUCAACGAUCUGACCAGGAGCCUUGACCACGCCCUGAUGACUACACAUUCAAAUAUUCGGAUAUUUCUUAUUACUGCCAAAUACUGCACUUCUGCUGUCUGGCAAGCUGACCGCACACGGCUGAUCGAAGAUAUGAGACAAAAAGGUUUAUUGUCAUUCGGCCUUCUCUGGAACUAUUUCUCCUGCUGGUGGAAAUACGAGGCAGCAUAUAUCCAAUUGGUAAUCAUGGAGACUGUUCUGGAUGUUGAUGGAUUUCUUAGAAAGAGUAAGUCAUGGUUAAGGGGUCUGCACGGAAGAGGCUUCAAGGGGGCCCACGAAGCAGCUGCUGGUUUAGCAUAA